AUGGAACCGUCUUCAAAACGCCGGCGGCUCGCCCCAAAGGUCCCCGAACCGACGGGUGUUCCCGCGAUCUCCCCAACAGCACCAACACCAGCCCAACCUCCGACCCCUGCUUUCCCUCAAGACCAGGCCGCUCCUCCACAGCACUAUUCCCGCCCCGAGGCCACCCCGCGAUUACCAGAAGGAAACGAGUUCGAGGCUUUCGCUCGCCAUCUCCAAGAUGCGGCGAUACAUAUCCAACAGCAGACCCUGAAACCCAAGCACACCAGCGUUUCGGUGUUGCUACUGCGAUGGGAGGAGGAUGUGUCCGUCGAACCAGAUCUGCUUGCGCUCGAACGCGUGUUCCGCGAGCGAUACCAUUAUCAAACCGACCGGUGGGCGAUUCCGACCGUUCCAAACCCGAGCAUAAAGCUUGGGGUGCAGAUGGCCUCCUUUCUCGAUAAUGCGCGACCGGACCACUUGCUGAUCAUAUAUUAUGCCGGAUAUGGUUACGUCGGGCCGGAUAACCAGCUGUACUGGGCUUGCCAUUCGCGUGAGGAUGCGGCCAAGCUGAAAUGGGACGGCGUUCGGUGUCUGUUCGAAGAUGCUCAGUCAGAAAUUUUACUUCUCCUCGAUUCUUGCGCGGUCCGCGAUGCGCCAAUGGCUGGCAGCCACGGCGCUAAACAGGCAAUUGCUGCGUAUACCCCCGAUCAGGCCCCGUUCGAACCAGGGCCGCGCUCUUUCACGGCCUCACUAUCCGAUGCACUACACAAACUCGGCUCUUCCGGCCGACCCUUUAGUGUUCAAAAAUUGUACGACGACAUCCGUCAGCAGAGACAACAAGAGAGCGCGAGGUCGACGAACGGAUCCCCCAGCAAACCAACAUCCGCGCCGGAAAAGUCUCCAGCCUUCUUCACUUUAACACCCGCAAAGGGCCAGGGAAUCAUUCUGGUGCCCCUCGAUCCCAAAUCGGCGCAGCUACAGUCGCCGCCCCACUCAGCGGACGAGACACAAAAUGGGUGGAGGACGAAACCCGAGGACCGGCCGUUGAAUCCGGAUGAAGUCAUUGAUCUUACUUUGGAUGAGCAACGGGCGCUCGUAUGCACCACAUUUGUUGGCGACGCCAGCCCCGAGAUGACCUUUUUCAACCAAUGGCUGCAUGACAUGCCGGGUACAACCUCCAAAAUCACCGUCGAGGGCAUGUUCCUAGGCCCGCCCACGAUGCUGUUGAUCUCCAUGCCCCUCAACGUUUGGAACGUUGUUCAGCACGACAAGGUGUGCUGUUUCCUGGGGUACAUUAGCUCCCAUAACAUGACCCACCUUUACCAGCGUCUCGUCAAUUCUCACCCCAACGGCAUCCACGGCAUCCGGGACACUGAUGACGGCAGCCGCAGUCGUGGACUUAAGCGCAGCCCAUCCCCUCACCGGAGCGACAGCUCCAACCACUACCCUCACGCGGCUGAUACACCCAGACGACAAGGGACUCACCCAGCAGUGGUGGCCGCUCUGCCUCCGAUACCCAUCGGAAAUAGCCCAAGCCAAACGCCCCCUGUUGGCCUUAAAGACGAGGUAGAAGACUCGGCCGAAAUGCAGGAGGCCGCCGAGCAGCUGAAAGCGUUGAGCCAUGUCCGGCACAUGGGGAGCGACACAUCAGCAACACUAGACCGCCAGCAGGCGACGCGGGUAGGAGACAGCAUCGCUGUCCGGCACGCGGGUGAUCCUGGCUCGUUGAUCGAAGCCGCGGCAUCAGGCGCAGACGGAGCCGUUUACGACACCGAGUACAGCAACACGAAUACCCCAAUAAAGCCCAAAGCUAGAAAGCCACUGCAGAAGCAGACACCGAAACAAGAAGUUCGGUGCGACCAUUGCAGCCAUGCCCCUUUCAAGGAUUCCUCGUCGCUCCGUAAGCACGUCGCCGCUGCCCAUACGAGGCCAUUUCCCUGCGCAUUUUCCUUUGCUGGGUGCAGCAGCACCUUCGGGUCUAAGAAUGAGUGGAAGCGACACAUCUCUUCCCAGCACCUAUGUCUACAGUACUAUCGUUGUUCCGAGUGUCCACAGAGCAGCGCAGAUGGUAAGGGCAACGAGUUCAACCGGAAGGACUUGUUCACGCAGCACCUCCGCCGCAUGCACGCGCCACCAGCCAUCAAAAAGCCGUUACCCAAGGGCGACAACAAAUUACAAGCUGAAUGGGACAAUCACGUCAAGGAUAUGCAGACCACCUGCCUCGUCACGAGACGAUUGCCACCGCAGCGCUCAGCGUGCCCGAAGCCCGAUUGCCAGAGUGUCUUUGAAGGACCGACGUCUUGGGACGAGUGGACGGAGCAUGUUGGAAGGCAUAUGGAGAAGGGCGAGGCCGGGAGGAUAGGGGUCGAUCGGUUCCUAGCGACGUGGGCGUUAGAGGAGGGGAUUAUUGAGGAUCAGGGGGAGGCGGGGUAUAAGCUUUGUCCGGGCAAUGGUAUGGGCGGGGGCUCGGAGAAUCAUCACCACAAUAAUCUCAACAGCCAUGGAAACAGCAAUGGCAAUGGAAAGGUUGCUUCGGAUGGGAGGGGAAAGACGGAGGAAGAUGAUGACCCUUCGAUUACUGUGGCGUUACCGGUAUCUCUUGGGGACAGCAUGGAUGUUGAUUGA